AUGUCCUGCUGCCAGCCCUGCAACCCUUGCUGCCAGCCCUGCGGCCCCUGCCCGCUGGCCAACAGCUGCAAUGAGUGCUGUGUCAGGCAGUGCCAGAGCUCCCACGUGGCCAUUCAGCCGCCUGCUGUGCUGGUCACCCUGCCCGGCCCCAUCCUCAGCUCCUUCCCACAGAACACCGCCGUGGGAUCCUCCACCUCUGCUGCCGUUGGCAACAUCCUCAGCUGUGGUGGAGUGCCCAUCAGCUCUGGGGGCUUUGACCUCUCCUGCAUCACCAACUGCUACGGUGGCAGCAGAUGCCGUCCCUGCUAAAUCUCCUUGGAAUAUCCUUGAACAGGAACUUCCAUGAACUCAGGACCUGGUUCUGAGAAGGAGAUAGAUCUUUGGGACAUUUUAACUAGUGUUUCCAGCCACUGU